AUUGUGAGAAAGAAUCUUAUCUCAAUUUCUAGAUUUGUUUAGUUGCGCUUCCUAAUAUCAAUUGACAACAUUGACGAAUCCUCAAUAUGACGCGCAGAAACAUGUGCAAAUUGUUUUUGUUCACAAUCAUAGUGAAAGUAGUCGAAGGCGUGAAUAUCCUCGUUGUUUUUCCCCACGAAGGAAAAAGCCAUUUCAUGGCUUUUCAAGGCCUGUUCGAAGAGCUGGCUAAAAGAGGUCAUAACCUCACCGUUAUCUCAGCUUUUCCAAAAAAAACUCCAAUACCGAACUGGAGGGAUAUAAGUAUUUUAGAAGAAAGAGAUCAUUCCGAAUUGAUAGACUUCAGUGUUCUGACGGGAACAAAAUGGGACAGAGUCGACAAUCAAAUGAUGCUUGCUCGUGUUGCCGAACGUACUUGCAAAAGCGGAAUGAAAAACGAGAAUUUCCAGAAUUUCCUUAAAGAAAAUAACGAAUUCGAUCUCAUUUUGAUGGAAGUCUUCAACACCAACUGUUUUAUGGGCCUGGCAAAAAUAUAUCAAGCUCCAGUGAUAGGGAUGUUAUCAGCAGUUCCAAUGCCCUGGGCUCCUCUAUGGUUUGGCUCCCCCGUCAACCCGUCUUACAUUCCUAACCAGAAUUUGGGUUUCUCGGACAGGAUGACCUUUCUGGAAAGAGUAGCAAAUUCCUUAUUUUUCGUCUUCAUGAAGGUCACUUAUGACUAUUUAAUGGCAAAACCAGGAAAUGAUUUUUCAAAGCGGUUUACAGGACAAGAUGUGUUAGACAAUGGCGAUAUAAUGUACAACAUGAGCCUUAUGUUUACAAAUUCUCACUUCUCUUUGAACCUGCCGAAGCCUUUGGUACCCAGCAUCAUUGAGAUCGGGGGGAUUCAUUUGGAAAAGCCCAAAAAAUUGCCUGACCAUAUUGCGAAAUUCAUCAACGAAUCAGCUUCAGGAGUCGUUUACAUGAGUUUAGGUUCAACCCUCAGAAGCGACUCGAUGACGACGGAGAAAAAAUCGGCGUUCAUGACAGCAUUUUCCCGCCUCAAACAGCGGGUGAUCCUGAAGUGGGAAUCGGACAUAGAAGAUAAACCAGCAAAUGUUAUGAUCCUUCGAUGGGCACCACAACUUGACAUUUUAUGUGACCCCAACGUGAAAGCUUUCAUUUCUCACGGAGGAAUGGGGGGCCUCAUGGAAGCGGUCCACUGUGGUGUUCCAGUUAUAACAGUCCCCCAAUUAGGAGACCAACAUCUAAACGCCAAAGCUUUAGAGGCUAGUGGAGGGGGCGUCAUUUUGGAUUUGAAGUCAAUAACGGAAACCGUUCUUGUGGAAGCUUUGAAUAAAGUUCUCAGCUCCGAAAUGGAACAAAGUAUGAAGUCUCUUUCAGCAAGGUUCAAUGACCGUCCACUGUCUCCUAAGGAGACUGCGAUAUAUUGGAUUGAAUACGUGAUUAGACAUAAAGGGGCUUUCUUUAUGAGAACUGCUGCUGUUGACAUGCCCUGGUACCAACAGCUUCUGCUAGAUGUUAUUGGGUUUUUACUACUGAUAGUGGGAUUAGUUGCAUAUGUGUUCUACAGAAUUGGUUCCUUAGUAUUCAACAAGUUAUUUAAGCAGCAAAUAAAAGUGAAGAAGUCUUGAUUUGAAUAAAUGAUCUUUUCAAUUGAAGCAUUGUGUAGGAAAAAGUCUUGUUCACAGAGAAAAACAAUGAUUGAGCCUCAUCAUAAUGAAAACAUGUACAUACUGAAAGUUCCUCUAGUUUGAAUUUGUGAAAAUUCAGAAAAAUAAUUAUUAGGUUGAUUGAAGAAUAAAUUGUGUUCGUUUUAA